AUGAUUACUCCAUUGAAGGUACAAUUACUAGAAAACACAGAACUGAAAAAUGAAACUUAUGUAACUGAAUUCAUUCUGCUUGGAUUUGGAGAUCAUAAAGUGCUGCAGAUUCCACUUUUCCUGUUAUUCCUUCUCAUCUACAUUGUCACAAUGUCUGGAAAUAUCCUCAUCAUGCUGCUGGUUCUCACUGAUCAACACCUUCACAUCCCCAUGUAUUUUUUCCUUGGAAACCUCUCCUUCUUAGAAGCUUCCUGCAGCUCCAAUAUCUUACCAAGAAUGCUAUUUGGUUUUCUUGCAGGCAGUAAUGCAAUUUCAAUCAAUGCGUGUUUUGUGCAACAUUAUUUCUUUGGUACUUUGGGAGCUGUGGAAUGCUACCUACUAUCUGCAAUGUCUUAUGAUCGAUACUUGGCUAUAUGUAUGCCACUGCAUUAUGUCACCAUGAUGAGUGGCAAAUUAUGCCUUAAACUGAUAGUUUGUUCAUGGAUUAGUGGCUUUCUGGCAAGUACCACCACACUGAUAAUCAUAUCUAACUUAGUUUUCUGUGAUGGUAACAAUAUUGACCAUUUCUUUUGUGACACCUUUCCAAUCAUUGAGCUAUUUUGUGGUGAUGCACACGCAUUAAAACUCUUCCUAUAUGUUUUAUGUUCUAUAUUCACCUUUCCACCAUCUAUAUUGACCAUAACAUCAUACUUUUUGAUCAUUCUAGCCAUAAUGAAAAUCCCUUCCAGUAUAGGGAAGCAAAAGGCAUUUUCCACAUGUUCCUCUCAUCUAUUGGUAGUUACAAUUUUUUAUGGCACACUUACGAGUGUUUAUGUGGUACCAAAUACCAAUAAACUGAAUGGCCUUCACAAAGUCUUCUCUAUCUUCUAUACCAUCCUGACCCCCAUGGUCAACCCCAUUAUAUAUAGUCUGAGAAAUACAGAGGUGAAAAAAUCCUUGAGAAGACUUACCUCUUAUCUGAUCAUUCAGAAAUGA